AAAAAAUAAGAAACACAGCAUUAUUUACGUGGCUGGUUCCUGAUUGUGAAACUCGUUGGAGUCUUUCACACACUCAAUUCACCGUAUCCACAUGCCCAGGAGGCAUGCCUUUUCUUCAGAUGGAACCACAAGCCGGCAAGAAGCGAAAGCGAACUGAGAAAGCGAAUACCAGGCCUUCCAAAAUCAAGAGCGCGCAGCCAAGCGACGAACAGACUUUAGAAGAUGAAGUUCUGCAGCUAGAGUCUCAAGUUCUCGAAUCUCGAAAGCACUACAACAACAUACCCAAACUGCUUGCGCUCGCUAGAAGGCAAGAUCUCAUCACCGACGAUACGCUGCUCAGUGCGAUUGCAUUGUGCCGGAUAUACACACGACUGUUUGCGAGUGAUGCCUUAGCGAAGAGCAAGGAAGAGGAUGGAACUGAAGAAGUUAUUGUAAGAUGGCUGAGAGAACGACUAGAUGAAUACAUUCAGCUGUUGUGCGACAGCGUGCGAGAUGGCUCUGAAACAGUGCAAUCUCCACUUCUUUCUCUGGCUAUGCGUAUGGUCAAAGAGCAGAUCAACUACGACGGGUCAAAGGAAUGGACCAAAGGUAUCUUUCCUCGCGUCGUUGAUGCUGCUCUGGCUGGGGGGGAAAUCAUUUGGGAAGAGUUUUGCGCUACCUUUUGCGCCGAGUAUGACGAUGUUCGAGUCUUUACUCUUGUGCAUCUCACUGAACGUCUUCACACAAAUCCAGACGAGGAGCUUGUGAAUGCAACCAUCAACCUGCUUCUUGAACUUAAGCCUCCACCUGAAGAGAAUGACAAAACUACGCUCUUUGCAUCACAGAUCGCGAAAGGGGUCCAGAACCUGGUAUCGAGCAAGAAGCAGCGCAAGGCCGCGCAGGGCGCAUGGCUAGCUAUCCUCAAGUCACCCUUAUCGAAGCAGCAAAACAAGCAGAUUCUCGGCGCACUCGUUGAUAGCAUAGUUCCUUGGUUCACCAAGGUCGAGAUGCUCAUGGACUACCUGACAGACUCCUUCAACGUCGGCGGCGCAACGUCGCUACUAGCUCUCUCGGGCCUCUUCCAUCUCAUGCAAGAGCGUAACCUGGACUAUCCUUCCUUCUACCAGAAGCUGUAUUCUCUUCUUGACGAGGAUUUACUGCAUUCGAAGCAUCGAUCUCGAUUCUUUCGACUCCUAGACGUGUUCAUGGGAUCGACACAUUUACCCGCUGCACUAGUCGCGAGCUUUAUCAAACGUCUCUCUCGACUAGCAUUACACGCACCGCCAGCUGCAAUCGUUGUGGUGGUACCUUGGAUAUACAACAUGUUUAAAAGGCACCCGCAGUGCACGUUCAUGCUUCAUCGAACAGCCCGCACAGCUGAGCAACGUGCCGCAUGGGAGACAGAGGGAUUCAAAGAUCCCUUUGAUGCGUCGGAAACAGAUCCAAUGGAAACGCAGGCGAUUGACAGCAGUGUAUGGGAAAUCGUGACGCUGCAGAGCCACUGGCAUCCAAAUGUAGCGACGUUAGCUAAGAUUGUAAGCGAGCAAUUUACAAAGCAGAGUUAUAACCUGGAAGAUUUCCUGGACCAUAGUUAUAAGAGCCUGUUGGAUGCGGAACUGGGUAAGGAAAUGAAGAAAACGCCAGUGGUUGAGUGGGAAAUACCUAAACACGUUUUCUUAGAAGAGACUGCUGGUGUGGAAGGCCUGAAUGUGUUUGGAAUGUUGAUGAGGGAUGUGAUUCAAGAAAGUUCCUAGAUGUCAAUCAGAGGCGUCUUUGUUAAUCUCAAUAUGCGACUGGAAAUAGUCGAAUUAGCCGAGGGACCAUACGAUCUACUGAAGAAAGGAGCUUAGAUUCUGAUUCCUAUCAAGUGAUGAGGGGCAAAGUCCACAAAAAUUACCCUAGGGAGGAACCCAAGUAAUAAAAAGACGCGAGACUCCUUUAUA